AUGGGAACGCCAGCAGAAACUUCUGUUAAGUCGACGCCAAGCCUCGGUGGCCUUAAAGUUGAGCAGCAUAACAGCUCUCACAGGGAGCCAAAUCAUGAAGAUGAUAGUCGAAAGAGUGCCGGAUACAUGGAUGAGCUCGUGAAACGUCUAGUUCAAAUAGAGGAGGAGCUCAAUACACUCAAAACCAAACGUUCAAUACCGUCACAUUUAGGUCCGCCUGCUGCUCCUCUAGCUUUGUCUGCUUCUACACUCCCCGUGCCGAAACGAGCGAAAGCCGAAAUACCUAAAGUAUGCCGCAUACUCUACAAACAAAUUUGCAAUGUCAAACGCAACGUCGAUGAUGAAGUCGAAAAUUCUGCAAUCAUUGUUUUGUACAGCGAAAAAGAGGUGCUUGACUGUGCUGGUAUCGACAACAAAUCAGCUGCCUAUGCGCACCCCUGGCAGUACGCUUCUCCAACCCGUAUCAUCAUCAACUCUGAAAAACUGGCCGCAAUUCUCAGUAGUGAAGCUCAGUGGCGCUUGAAUCCCACAUACACUACUUUUAGACGGCCGUAUAAAGGCCUUAUCACCUAUGAAGCAGCGAUACGGGACGCUUAUUGGAGAUACACGGAACAACAUGAACACCAGGUCAUUUGGACUGAGCAAGACAGCAUCAUCGUUCGUUCAGAGCACACUGACGUGGACGUCAGAGAUAUAACAGGCACUCGCCGUGGUCUCUACACCGAUGACGGGCAAGACGACGACAGCAAGGAAGACACCGAAGCGAGGUUCGAGAAAGAAUUCCAGCAACAUCUUGUUCAUAGAGCUCUUCUGAGAUGUCUCGUUGAAGUUCUGGACCAAGACAUGCAAAGCAUUUUUCAUCUGCGCCAGAAAAUUAAAGAGGGAUCGUUGCCGGAGAGGGGAAUCGCAUAUGAAGAUCUGUGGCAUCUUUACAAACCGGGUGACAUUGUUGUAUCCAAUCCCAAGAUAAACAAAACAAAGCAAAGAGUAUAUCGUGUACUCCAUGUUACAGGGGGACGACCACUAGGCGAAGUGCAUGUGGAGCGUGAAGGUGACCCAAGUUCGCUUCGUCCUUACCGGUCGUCUGUUUGGGAACCAGGCCUCAACGUCGUUUCCCCGGCAGUCUCGCCACUCAUCCUCGACUGCUUCUACAUCGAUUACGACGGGAUCAACUACGGAGCUCGCGAUCAAGCCUGGAUUGCAUAUGACUAUACUGGUUCCAAACAAGUGGAUUCGUUGGAGUUGAUCCCGUUAUCGCUCAUGCCGGAUCACUCGAGCCUCUUGGAUUCCUUGACUGACCAAGGAAAAAGGCUGGUCAGUUUACAGGCCAGUACAUCCAAAAUCUACAGAGGAUUUACUAUACGGGAAACAACGGCGGGAAUUGGCAAUGAUCGCUCUUCCUUGAUUGAGUUGACCCCUCUGAAAGAGGUAGAUAGUGAGAUCAUCCUCGACCACAAGGCCGGAAUCGAGAGCUUGAGGAAGACAUAUGACUAUGAGGCAUCUUUUGGACGAGGCGUUAUCGAGAGACCUACAGAUUGGGAAUUUGCAGAGUUGUUCACUGAUUGCAAGGAUCCGGAUUGCUACAGAUGUAAUGGCAUAAGCAGGGACGCAGAUUUUGAUAUCAACGCAAGAUCCGCCUUUGUUCGUUCGACCAAACUUCUGGGAUUCACUGCCAAGGAAGAGUUGAGCACUGACCAUUAUGCUCUGAUGACACCUAGAAUAUACGGAUAUGCUUUACAGGAGCGAAGGUGGCACGCCUUCCACGUGGCCCGAAUCAGGGACCAUGAUCAUAGCUUACGCUCUUGUAAGCAAUCAGACGAAGCAACUCCGGUCACAAUCAUCAACCUCCCCAAGCCAGCAGCCAAGCACGUCGAAAGGGUGAUUAUACUGCUGCACGGAGUACCUGGAGUGGGUAAGACAUCUACAGCAGAGUGUGUUGCUGUCCAGCUUGGAAGACCCCUAUUCCCAAUCACGUGUGGUGAUCUGGGCUUGGAGCCGGGUGUAGUCGAGAAGCGUCUAGAGGAAUAUUUCAGUCUCGCAUCGAAGUGGGGUUGCAUGCUGCUCUUGGAUGAGGCUGAUGUCUUCCUGGCAAAACGCUCUCAUGAUCAACUAAAGCGCAACUCGCUUGUGUCUGCCAGUCAGCUAAUCAUGUCGGAAGUUUUCCUAAGAGUACUGGAGUACUACGAUGGCGUGCUCGUACUAACGACGAACCGUGUCGGAUCCUUCGAUGAAGCGUUUCGGUCUCGCAUUCACAUAAGCCUCUACUACCCGCCUCUGGAUGAGGAGUCCACUAGUCAGAUUUGGAAGAUGAACCUUCGGCGACUCCAGGAAGCACAGGAUGUUGACGUCGACAUUGAUGAAGCCGGGAUCAAGAAAUUCUACCGUAAACACUGGCAGGUCAACGAGAAGAAAAAGUCUCGACGUUGGAAUGGACGGCAGAUCAAGAACGCCUUCCAGACCGCGCUAGCUUUGGCAAACUGGGAGUUCCGCAACAGCAAGCCAGGCACUAUGGAGCGGCCAAAACUCAAUGCUACACAUUUCAAAAAGGUUGCUGAGACCAGUAAUCACUUUGAUGAAUAUCUGACGGAGGUUCUCACCAAUGGUGAAGACGUCGAUGCCGACAUCUACGCUCUCAUUGCACAGCGAGAAGGCUUGCGCGUCGAUAGAUACCACAGCUCUAAAGGUCGAAGACGUGACAAACGACGCGACCGCGACUCUGACAGUAGCUCAAGUAGCGAAAGUUCUUCAGAAAGCGACCACUACAGUAGACGCAAGAAGUCCAAAGAAGAGUCGAAAAAGUCGAAAUCCAAAGCUAAGAAGACGCGGUAUUCUAGCUCAGACGUAGACCAGUCCGAUAGCGAACACAAAACAGACCGCAGCCAGCAUGAUUCGGAGAAAGAUCGAAAGAAGCGCAAGGCAGUGAAGAAGGGCAAGUCGAGGAAAGAUGUGCGCAGCGAUUCGGACAAGGACAAUACUUCUUCCAGUGAUUAG